AUGGCUGACAGUUCAACACAAAUCGUAAAUGAACGAUUCAACACUAAUUCGCUUCCAGAUUUGGAGAAACUAUUACAACGAUCUGUAAAGCGAACAAGGGCAAUGUUUCAAUUCUGCUCUAGUACUCCUAAUUUUCUUCUUGAGGAUGACGAAAGUCAACGGAUCAAGUUACGGGUAAAACUUAACGACGAAUACGGCGAUGUUCAACAGUUACCUGCCUCUUUAUUAGCGCAACAAAGUAGAGGAAAGAAAAGACCUUUAGAAACAGACAGUUCCACCCCAGCUAACGAUAGUACUUCAGAAACUAUGCAAGUAGAUAAUAAUGAGCAUUUACCUCAAUUCGCUGGAGGGGUAUCGCUUUCUGAAGAUAACGCGGUUGAAGGACAAGUUUCGGCUAAUACUAUACAAAAAUUGGUUGAUAAUCUUCCACCUUCGCGUGUUCAAAAAGAAGCUGCUAAGACUGCACAUGGUGUAGUAGCUAUCAGACAAAGGGCUGGUAUUAAUGCAACACCGUUUGCGACUUCAGGAUCUUUGGUAAGACGUCAAACUCCAAGAGCACAACGUCCGGAUUGGCAUGCCCCCUGGAAAUUGAUGAGAGUAAUAAGUGGUCAUUUAGGAUGGGUUCGCUCAGUAGCUGUAGAACCGGGAAAUAAAUGGUUUGCGACGGGUGCUGGUGAUAGAACUAUAAAGAUUUGGGAUCUUGCAUCCGGCACGUUGAAACUUACCCUUACAGGUCACAUUUCGACGGUUCGUGGUUUAGCUGUUUCGCCGCGACAUCCAUACUUAUUUUCUUGUGGAGAAGAUAAAAUGGUUAAAUGUUGGGAUCUUGAACAAAAUAAGGUCAUACGACAUUAUCAUGGUCAUUUGUCUGGUGUAUAUUCUUUGAGUUUACAUCCUACGUUAGAUAUUUUGGCUACUGCGGGAAGAGAUGCUACCGCAAGAGUGUGGGAUAUGCGUACAAAGCAGUGUAUUCAUGUAUUAAGUGGACACAAUUCGACUGUAGCAGAUGUAAAAUGUCAAGAGGCAGAUCCACAAAUCCUUACGGGAUCAAUGGAUUCAACUAUUAGACUUUGGGACUUAGCAGCAGGAAAAACUUUGGCAACUCUCACUCAUCAUAAGAAAUCCGUUAGAGCUUUAGCUAUACAUCCAAAAGAAUUUACAUUUGCUAGUGGUAGUGCUGACAAUAUUAAACAAUGGAAAUGUCCUGAGGGAACUUUUAUGCAAAACUUUGAAGGACAUCGUGCUAUUAUUAACGCUAUGGCUGUUAAUGCCGAUAAUGUUUUAUUCUCUGGUGCUGAUAAUGGAUCGAUGGCAUUUUGGGAUUGGAGAUCGGCAUAUAAAUUCCAAUCCUUGGACACAACUGUACAACCAGGUUCUUUGGAAUCUGAAGCUGGUAUAUUCGCUAGUACUUUUGACCGUACCGGACUAAGAUUGAUUACAUGUGAAGCUGAUAAAACCAUUAAAAUUUGGAAAGAAGAUUCUAGCGCGACCCCGGAAACUCAUCCUAUUGAUUGGAAACCAACGUUGAUUAGAACUAGAUAUUAA